AUGGCAGAGUCAUAUCCCACGCUGACCCAGUGCGCGGUUGUCGCCGCUGCAUUCAAGGUCCUUUUAUUCCCAACCUACAAAUCUACAGAUUUCGAGGUUCACCGCAACUGGCUUGCCAUUACCAACAGCCUUCCCGUUUCCGAAUGGUACUACGAAAGAACCUCAGAAUGGACGCUCGAUUAUCCUCCGUUCUUUGCAUACUUCGAGUGGGUUCUUGCGCAUUUGGCUCGAUUGGUAGACCCCGCCAUGGUCAAGGUCUACAACCUAAAUUACGAGAGCUGGCAAACCGUAUACUUUCAGCGAGCAACUGUUAUAGGGACUGAACUAUUGCUAGCUUACGCUCUCCAGCUUUUUAUCGACUCAACGCCAAUGUUGUCGAGACGGGCGGCUCAAGUUGCCGCGCUGUCGAUCUUUCUCUCGCCUGGGUUGUUGAUUAUUGACCACAUUCACUUCCAGUACAAUGGAUUCAUGUACGGUAUCCUGCUGUGGUCAUUGGUGCUGGCUAGGUGCAAGUCCACGCUUCUUCAAAGUGGUCUUAUUUUUGCCGCACUUUUAUGCUUCAAGCACAUUUAUCUCUACCUUGCCCCAGCCUACUUUGUGUUCCUUUUACGAACGUAUUGCCUAUCAGCAAGGUCAUACUUCCAUAUCAAGUUCCUGAACUGUGUCAAGUUGGGACUGGGCAUUAUCUCUAUUUUCGCUACAGCAUUCGGACCGUUUGCACUGAUGGGGCAAAUCCCACAAUUGUUGAGCCGGCUCUUCCCCUUUGCCCGCGGACUUUGUCAUGCAUACUGGGCUCCAAACGUGUGGGCAUUGUACUCGUUGGCAGACCGAAUUCUAAUACAUCUUGCCCCCAGACUCGGCCUUGCUGUGAAGUCGGAAGCGCUGCAAAGUGUCACUCGUGGUCUUGUAGGUGAUACUGCCUUUGCAGUUCUACCCGAGAUAUCUCCUAGAUUGUGUUUCAUUUUGACUUUGUUCUUUCAAUGCCUGCCUCUCCUAAAACUUUUCUUCGCUUCCAACCCCUCAUGGGAAGCCUUCAUCGGUGCCGUCACUCUUUGUGGGUAUGCAUCCUUUCUCUUUGGGUGGCAUGUCCACGAAAAGGCUAUUUUGCUCGUCAUUAUUCCCUUCAGUGUCAUCGCACUCCGGGACAGAAGACAUUUGGGCGCCUUCCGGCCUCUGGUGGUAGCGGGUCAUGUUUCUUUGUUCCCGUUGCUUUUCACGCCGGCAGAAUUCCCCGUCAAAACCGUUUACACAAUUUUCUGGCUGGUUCUGUUCUUGAUGGCGUUUGACCGGCUGGCGCCGGCUUCAAACAAGCCGAGAGUCUUCCUAUUGGAUCGAUUCAGUACAUUGUACAUUGCGGUGAGCAUUCCGUUGAUCGCAUACACGUCGUUGAUCCAUCAAGUUAUUUUCGGAAAGAGUUAUGAGUUCCUUCCACUCAUGUUCACCAGCUGCUACGCGGCGAUAGGGGUUGUUGGUAGUUGGGUGGGAUACAUGGUGGUGUAUUUUACGUCGUGA